UCGCCCCCAAUGGCGGUGCAACGAAUUUCUGAUAAGAGCUCGCGCACUCGCGAUGGAGAUACCAUCUUUUGUCUAUGGAGAACAUGGCCGGCAUAUUUAAGUUUUCGGAGCUUAGAAGAAGCGGAAAGUUACUGAUCAAGCACGAGUGCCAAGGAGCGAGAUUUAUGAGAUGUUUUCGAACGGUGGCAGGCCAACCGAAAGUUCACGGGAGUAUUUUGAAAUACUGCGUUUACGGUGCUGGCGUUGGAGUGGUCGCCGCUGCAAGUUUUUGGUACAAACAGGUUAACCAGGCGAGACAGAAUUUCGCCUUGGAGGGCUCCUCGUCGGUCAUCGAAAAGAUAAAGUACAAGCCGCCGGUUGAAGUGUCGAGAAAGGUUAUCUCUACGGUAGAUACGUCGGGUCUGAAACUAACUUUAUUUCAGUACCAAAGUUGCCCCUUCUGCUGCAAGGUACGAGCCUUCUUAGACUAUUACGGGAUACCUUACGAUAUCGUUGAGGUAAAUCCUGUACUUCGACACGAAAUUAAGUGGUCACCGUAUAGAAAAGUACCAAUUUUACUAACAAAAGUCAACGGUGGCUAUCAACCUUUGACGGAUAGUUCUAUGAUUAUAUCGUUGUUAGCGUCAUAUUUAAGUGACAAGUCUUGCCCUGUCGAGAACCUUGUUCAUUAUUAUCCUACCGUUUCUAUGCACGAUGAGGAAGGCAAAUUCAAGAACGAAAUAGUGAACAAGUAUUUCCUAAUGUAUCAAGGCCCUAUACCUAAGGAUAGAACAUUGAAUGACAUUGUGGAGGAGCGAAAAUGGAGACAAUGGGCCGAUGACGUAUUUGUUCACACCUUGUCUCCGAAUGUCUAUCGAACAUUGGAUGAAGCAUAUGAAACCUUCAAUUGGUUUUCCAAAAUCGGCCGAUGGGAGGAAUAUUUUCCUGCAUGGGAGCGAAGCGUUAUGGUUAAUGUUGGAGCAUGGGCCAUGUGGCUGAUUUCUAAACGACUAAAAAGAAAACACCUAUUGAAAGACGAUGUCCGGGAAUCGCUCUAUGACGGAGCGAGGCAUUGGAUGCAGGGCAUUCGGCAUCGAGGAACAGUGUUUAUGGGGGGAGACAAUCCGGAUCUUUCAGACCUGGCUAUGUAUGGGGUAUUAAAGAGUAUCGAAGGCUGCGAAGCCUUCAAUGAUUUACUAAGUCACACAAGUCUAGGAACAUGGUUCAAUGCAGUCAAAGAAAAGGUCGAUUCACACGCCGGUAGUGCACUCUUAACAGGGUAGAUAGUUUUAAAGGAUUUAUUUACUUUUAAUAAUAAGAUCAAUAAAACCUAGCAUUAACAAGAA